AUGGCCGCCUUUUCCUGGAACCACAUACUGCACUUGUACAAUCGUGUUUUUGACCCAUUGCACACCUCAGUCAACAUGCCUCACCCGCUCUCAAAUGACAAUGCUACCAUUCAAACUAUUGCAAGCGUCCGCCCUGCAGUAUUAUAUGCUCUAGUCAUAGGCAUCGACACUUACCCGUGCCCUGAUAUACCGGACCUCGCUGGAGCAGCCUCAGAUGCUCAGGCCGUGUACGACUAUCUGCACGUCGACCUGCAAGUACCGGCGGAGCACAUUGUCAUCCUUCGUAACGAACAAGCAACGCGCGAGGCUAUCAUACGAGAAAUCAAGGCUCUCGCAUCGCGCAAAGGCAUCAAGAAAGGCGACCCCAUCUUGAUCUACUUCGCGGGUCAUGGCAUCGCUACCAUAGCUCCAGAGGGUUGGCGCGAGCAAGGGCGACGGAUUUCGUUCAUCGUUCCUUAUGACACGGAUACCAAUCUAGAGGAUGUGCAACAGUCCAAGCAGGCGAUACCGGAUCGAACUAUCGGUGCACUCCUCCACAGUAUUGCCGAAGGGAAGGAGGGAGUCGAGGGUAUUGGUGAUAACAUUACUGUGGUUUUCGACUGCUGUCACUCUGGAUCUGGCACGCGUUCUAUCCCAGUCGAUACCGUCCCGCGUUCCACUUCAGACGAGUCGCGCCGGGCGCGAGGGUUCGAGUGGAAAGGCGUUGUUCCCGCGACUCUGGAUCAGGAGAUCGUUCGCGAAGCUAGACAGGGUCGGGACAUCGAUAUUGCCAAGGGCUUCAGGCUCUCAGGCUCCAGGUCGCACGUACUUCUCGCUGCCUGCCGGGAGACUGAGUCAGCCUACGAGAACCACGAGCGUGGAUACUUCACCCACGCACUCCUUCGCGUUCUUCGAGCGGUACAACUCGACUUGAUCACCUAUAAGGAUCUCAUGAAGCAAAUUUCGAACAUUCCCGGACAGACGCCACAGUGCGAAGGCCAUAACGUAGACCGUUACUUGUUCAACGCGCGUGUCGCGGGACGGGGACGCGCCGUGUAUGAAGUGAGUCGCAAGAACAGCAGGUUGACUGUGACUGCUGGCUCCAUACACGGUGUGGUGGAGGGCACUACGUUCGCUAUUUAUGCCGACCGCGACGUCACGCCCGAUACCAAGCCUUUCACGACUCUGAAGGCGACGAAGGUUGAGGCUUUCAAAGCAGACCUCGUGUUACUCGACCCUUCCGCCACUGCCGUCCACGACAGGUUCAAAAGCAACUCUCCUUGCUUCGCCGUCCAGAACUCUGUGGGCGAGGCCCCAGCGCUUCGCUUGCUAACUGCACUUGAGGACGGUAUUGGCCAAGCACUUGAGAAUGUCGCACGCACGCAUCGAGUUGGCGGUGGUCCUGCCAUUGUCGCCGAGAGCGAACCACGGCAGGCGAAUUUUGGCGCGCUCGUAGCUGGAGAUACCGUUUCCUAUACGAUCUACGACCCAUUGAUCACCAAUCAUCUCGAUCGGCGCCCAUCAAUACUGUGUGGAAGGACGAAGAGUGAGGUUGGCGAAGUAGAGGAGGUGCUGAGUGCUGCUACGCGCUUCUUCUAUCACUUACAUCACGCGCCAAGGAAAGGCGAGCUGAAUGAGAACGUCGACGUUCAGCUUGUCCGGCUCAAACGUGACGAGGAGGCGAAAUUGGGAAAGGAUCUGAUGCGUCCCUGGAUGGCGGAUGGUGCGAACCUCAUCAGGUCUGGACUGGUUCAUGUCGAUGCCGACGGAGAAACACCGUACGGUAUUAUCUUGCGCAAUGACUUCACAGCCCCGCUUCAUGUCUGGGCGUUCUACUUCAACGGCAGUUCUCUUGCCAUAUCGCAGUACUAUAAGCCGCCAGCGUUCGGCAGCAACGCCGAGCCCGCGCUACCGGGAAAUUGUGAUCAUAGCCAAUGCGAUCACCCCCAAACUAUCAGAUUGAAGGGGGAGCUGAAGGGAGAGCUCACCAUAGGCUAUGGUACUGGGGGUGGGUUACCCCAUACUUUCUUCCUGGAGGAAGGUCAAGACAAAGAGGUUGGCUUCAUCAAACUCUUCCUAUCAACUCGGCCUAUCGACCUCUCUGGUAUCGUCCAACGCACGCCAUUCGGUCACGCCAAUGCUCGCGGUUGGAGGGUCCUACAUAACGUCUCGAUGCUCAUCGCCCUUCCACUUGAGUGA